AUGGCGGAUUCCUCUAUCGAAGAGACCAAGAAGACGCUCGUGCAGCGGUUUAGAGCCUGGGGCGCGAAUUGCGAGAUGCCGAACAAAGCUAACACUUUGCGAUCAGAAAACUCAUUCCCGCCCACGGUGCUCGCCUCGCUAAUCUUCGCGCAACAUGCCCGUCCCUUCCAGUUGUUCCCCAUGCUCUUCCCUCCUGUCCUGCUUUUCACCAGCUACGCGAAUAUACAAGGAUUCAAGACAGACAGUGCCGGGAUUCAAGCCGCCUGGUCCGGAUUGUACCUGCUCCUAGCCGGUCGGCGACGACAGGCGUUCGCAAAGAAGCUCGGACCUCGCGGAAUUGUCCGCGGCAUGACUAUGGGUCUUUGCUUGGUGAACAUGAUCGGAGGUGGUCUGGCUUAUACGCUUGGCAAGCGCGAGGAAGAGGAAGACCGGAAAUAA